CCACAGAUUGUUAUACUUUAGCACUAACCGUUUGAGCUACCUUGUUAACGCCGUCAUUGUAUAGAGCCUUCCAUGUGUUUCUGUAUGAAUCUUGUAAGGUAGUGAUAAUGAUAGCUAGUUUACACAGGUAAGUUUUACGAAGUUCCUUGUCUUUGUUUACUAGACCUAUAUUUACUUCCUAACACAGUGGUAUCUGACAACUCUGUAGGGAUAUUUUAUUUUCCUGAACCCAGGGCUACCCAACCAUAAUAGUUUCAAUGCGAUCACACUAACAACCAAAACAUUGGGCGGAUAUGGAUUUUCCCGGCGAAGGGCAAUUAUUUGACUCUGCGGAAAUUUCCCACUAUCGGUGAAUGGUGAAUAUUUUUAAUGAGCAAUGGGUGGCAUUUUACACUAUCCUGUAUCAGAUCACAACAAGCUACCUUCCGAUACAUCGAUUAAGGAUAAAGUAAAAGAAACCGAUGGGUUGUGUGGGAAAAAGUCAGAUAUUUGGAUCAAGACGGCUGCUGGAGAGUUAGUGGAAGCUGGAUUCAAGAUUAAGCAAAGUGAAUCCGGAUUUAGGAUCGUAGAACUGGAUUUAAAUAACUACAUAGUUUCCGAAUUACAACUAACGGAAAAUGACAAACUCUUAGCCAUCAAUAACAUCGCUGUAAGCUGCAGGGAACAUCAUGAAGUUGUGGAGUUUCUCCAACAGAUGUUUCACCCAGAACGAAGUCGUCUGUCCAUUGUAAUUGAAAGAAAAGAAUGGACCGAUGCAGAUAAAGACACCGUUACGACCUUUGAAAUAGAGGUGGACUAUUUGAUAUCUCGGGGUGGUGGCUCAGCUUUUGCUUUGUUUACAAGAACCACAAUUUUGAGCAGAUUCUCUGGUUUUUCCGCUGUCUACUGUAUACAUCAUAAGGGGACAGAUGUAUGUCUGAUAGCUAUAGACACGCCGAUAUCCCAGCUUUACCUGGAAUGUGGGACAGACGGAAAGCUGACCAUGAGUAAUCUCCCUUCCCGAACCGACACAUCAUUUCAUUUCAGAAAAAGUAUAUUUCAUGGUUUUCAAAAACAGCAUAGUGAAAAUCAAAGUUGCUUCCUAUGUAUUCUGCAGCCGGUAGGAACGGAGAAGUACGUUUCAGUCAAAAACCGGUCGUCUGUUGACCUCUCGAAUUGCCCCGUUGGCUCGGAGGACAUAACAUCGAUGACGUCUUUACAAGAAGCUGAUCCUAGGUUUUUCCUCUUGAAAUUGAAGAACGUGAGGGAAAAAAAUGAAUAUAUGUUUGAAUCUGUCAUCUUAAAAGGCAUGUGCCUCACAUGGGAUAACACAAAGAAGGAGAUGAAAUUGAAAGAUUCUUCGGACUCUUCUGUUCCCUUUUCAGCAUUAAAUUCAACUUUUCACAUUUAUUCUCUAUAAAGGACUCGUACAACUUAAUCAUUUUCUAUAAGUUACUUCCUAGCUUUUAACCAAAGACCUUUAACAGAGGAAGUUCAACACUUGGGACAGCUGUCUAGAUUCAUAGAUAAAAAAAGUAAAAAAUGCCUUGCUAUUUUAAAUGGGAUAUAAGCGCGCUACAGGCUUCAACAUUUGAUAACCCGAAGUUUACAAGCCAAUUGGGCUAAGCGGACGAGAACAACUCCUGACUUUUGACUGCCAUAUAAAUCCGCCAUCACAUAUUAAUAUAUACUAAAACUGUACAUUUUUUGACGAAGUUAUCUCAAGUUAAACCAAUACGAAAUAUAUGUCAUUCGAAAAAUAUAUGUGAACAAUUUCACCGAGUGUAUAAUGUUGAAUCAACGGAACCGACAUGUUUUUCGUCUCUGCCACUACGGAUAUAAAAUGAAAUGUUCGUACUCUGUGGACUUGCAGGUCGCGACAAGACCUUUUGAAGAAGUGGUUUUAGAAAGACAUCCCCAACGUCCACCCACACUUGUCUAUCUUUAUUGUAGGGAGGUGUGCAAUGUUACUGUUUAUAACCCAAACCAUCUGCUCAACCACGAACAGGUUUUGAUGUGACUCUAUCUAUAUAAUAACGUUUGAAUGAGUUGUUUUUCGUCUCUGCCACUACGGAUAUAAAAUGAAAUGUUCGUACUCUGUGGACUUGCAGGUCGCGACAAGACCUUUUGAAGAAGUGGUUUUAGAAAGACAUCCCCAACGUCCACCCACACUUGUCUAUCUUUAUUGUAGGGAGGUGUGCAAUGAUACUGUUUAUAACCCAAACCAUCUGCUCAACCACGAACAGGUUUUGAUGUGACUCUAUCUAUAUAAUAACGUUUGAAUGACGCAGAUUGUCUCGAGUAAAUUUGAUUAUUUUAACUACUGUAAAUUUCCAUUCUUUAACGCAAUCAAAUUUUAGCGCAUAUCAUUUUUGCAGGUUUCGUCAUUAUUGAAUUGACGCACCUACAAUAUAUGCAAUAAAGAAACAAUAUACAGACACGUAAAUUAUCACAACAAUAAUUUAACGCAAUUAUUAAAUCGCCAAAAGCGAUAAACCAAGAUUACCGCUAAGAUACAUGUAUGUAAGUUUGCAGUAUUUUAAUAACAGCUUACGAUUUUAUUACGCAUGAAAUAUUGAUGAACAUAAAUGAACAACUAAAUAGUGUUUAUUCUGUACAUAUUCUGUGUUUUGUGUAAGUUCUUUCUUUUUCACUAUCAUGGGUAAUGUACUUUUUUUUGUUAAACGUGUGCUUUCAUAUUCGACAAUAAUGAUAAAAAUGUUAUGUUGUUGAUCUGAAAACAAACUUUUUAGAGGAAAUGACAACUUCCUAAAAAUAUCUCUCUGAUCGCUUGUUAUAUACAAACAUCUAAAUGAAGUCGACACUGAAAAAAUCAUGGAUUAGGCACUUUCAUCUGCUAUAUAGAAAUAAACGAUAAAUCUGAUAUCAUACGUUUUUGUUACUUACAACCCAUCUAACAUUUACAUUUCCCUGAUAUCAAACGAUAUGAAAAAUGUGUAUAACGGGCGAUUAUAUGAGAAAUAUUCCUUGCAAAAACUGUAUAUGAUGUUGGUAUAAUAUUAAUGUUAUUAUCUUGGGUGAUUGUUCUGAAUUUGACAGGGUCAAAUUGGUUAUGAAUUGCGACAACGAGUGACGCUUCACAAUCAAUAGACAAAAAAGGACUAUCAGGACGCCGGGUUCGUGACCGAAGGGUUACGGGUUCGAGUCACGUCAUGGCACUGCGUUGUAUCUUUUAGCAAGAUAAUUUAUUCCUCUUUUUUCCAAUCUACUCAGCUGUAAAUGAGUACGUGUUUGGGCAGUGCUAGAACUGUAGAAUGCUAGCU